GUCAUCGACUUCGAGAAGUCAAAGACUGUUCUGUACGGACAGUGGGGAUUCGGAGGAAGAACGGCCUUCAGUGGAGGUCAGCCUGAGAUCGGUUCCUGCGUGCUUUUCUAUGGGCCUCCCGGCACGGGAAAGUCCCUGGCAGCGCAGGCAAUCGGUUUCGAAGUGGGCCGUGCGCUGAAGGUCGUCAACGCUGCCAAUGUUGUUGACAAGUACGUAGGGGAGCCCAACUUCUAUGGCGACAGUGCUAUCAUGGGGGUGAAGUCUUCGUGGAGGGCGCUAGACCCAACACACAUGAGCAAGUGGCAGCUGAGAAAGUGGGCGCGGGAGCGAGCUCGUCAACAGCACCUGGCAGAUUUCGUGCAAGAACGCAUGACUACACAGGUUAAGAGCCUGGGCUCACCGACUGCGCUAGCCGCCCACGAGAGUCGACCAGUUCUUUGUGAUGAAGCAGAGACCGAAGGCACCUUUUGUUCUGCGGCGGGCAACCAGAGGGCAGAUGGCGGGCAUCACACGGUGUACUUCAGCAUGGGGUCGGAUUCCGAGAAUGACGAGCGCAGGGAGAGUCACGCAGCCGGGGGGGAGUUGAGGGCAGCGCUUUACGACUCCGAAAGCCUUCUCUGGACGUUGCAAUCAAUCCUUGACCAUUUUCGUGAGGACAACCAAGUGGUCGCAGAGGAGCAGGAUACUUGCGAGGAUGACGCGGCUGCAGCACUGUCACAGCUCAUGAAUGUCGGAAGCUCUGUGCGAGCGACUUCAAGCUUCGAGCCGCGGGAAGGCAUCAGCAUCGCUCAAGGCGAGCGGGGGACGGUUCUCAACAUACGUGGUGAUGGCUCUGCGGCUUUGAUUCAGUUCAAAUGUUCCGGCUGUGUCAGAGUGCCCGAACAGGCCUGGGGAAGUCUUGAGGUAUGCGGAGAACACACGAGUUUCUGCAGCAUUGUAAGCUUGCUACCGGAGCUGCAUGCGGCAAUGAAGUCUUCUCUCCCGAUGUAG